ACUGGGGAGUUGCUCCAACGUGCCGUUAUUAUCGGUAUUCCCAUAUUCAUUAACUUCCAUUCCCAAAUCCUAAUUAAAGGGAAAAUUCCGAAUAGUUCUUCCAAAAUAACAUCAUUGUUCGUGUCUGUAACUGUGAUGAAUACUGGAUAUCAUAAUAAUUAAAGCAUAGUAAAAUAAUCAAGAAGGACUGUUCAUUAUAAGCGUUAUCUACAAAUCUAGAGCAAAAUGUUUAAAACACCAAUAAUGGUUUUACAAGAAUCCACUAUGAGACUUGGCAGUUUACCUAUCUACACAGAAAUGCCUUGUACAUCUCAUAAUAGACAAUUUAAUGUUGAAGUCAAAUGGAAGAAUUAUAGUUGUGUAGGAAUGGGAAGUAAUAAAAAGUUAGCCAAACAAAAUGCUGCUAAAGAAAUGCUUAAGAUGUUGGUAUCAUCAGAUGAAAUUUCAAAAUCUGUAUUAUCAUUCCUAUCACAAUAUGAAUUAAUCAAUCCAAUAAUAAAUACGUCUGAUUCUACAUCUGAUAUGGAUUCCUCUUCUAAUUGUUCGAAUAAUUCUUGUUCAUCUGUUACAACUACAGAUCUGGAAGAUAUAAUAGACAACUAUGUGAGUGGUUUACAAGAAUUUUGUAUAUCAAAUGCUAUACCUACACCCUGUUACAAUACUGUUAGUAUAAAUGGACCAUCUCAUCUCAGUGUGUUUACUGUAAGUUGUGAUACAUAUAAUGUACAUAAAGAAGCAUCUGCACAUAAAAAAAAAAUUGCCAAACAAAAAGCAGCAAAAGAAGUCUUUAAAUAUUUAAUGGAAAACGCAAAUCACUGUACUAAUAAACCAGAAAUAAAUAUUGUAAAUCUUGAAAAUGCCGAUUUAAAUUUGAGAAAGUUAUAAAUAUAUAUCGUGAACGAAAUGAUAUUAAAACAAUCGCAACUGACAAAACAAUUCAAAUUAAGGAUUAUCACGAUGCAUUAACUAACUUAUUCAGUAAAAUUCCAAAAGAACAGAGAAACUAUUUGGUAAAUAGACAUAUGCUAGACAAAUAUAAAAAUGAUUUGAAUGAUAUGAGAAACAUUAUUUGUAACACGUUGAAGUUAACUGUGGAUAAAAUUAUGUUUAGAACAAAACAGAAUAAUAUAUUCAUGGUUGGAAUUAGAUUGACUUCUAUGCCCAUAAUAUUUCAAAUUGGUCAAGGUACAACCAUAAUAGAAGCAGAAAAACAUGCCCUAUAUAAAUUAUUUGAAAAAAUAUUU